CAUCUGAAUAGCGUGAUCCCUUGAGAUGGGACCUUCACGAAAGUUGAAAAUUCCACAUUCGUCCCUAAAAUCUCCGAAUUCAUUUUCAAAACCUCCCCUCCCGCCACCCCACCAUUGAAGGAGGGAAAAGAUGGAGUUCCAAACAUGCUUCAAUUUUCUUUUCAUCUUUUAAUAUUCUCCAUUCUCCACUUUCUUCGCAUGCUGUAAUAACAACACAAACCCCAAGAACUUCAAACUCCACACACACACUCACACACUCCAUUUUUCAGAGUGCUAAGUUCAACUUCCAAACACACACCAACCAUGGCAAUUGAGCUUGAUUCUCAUCAAGAGCUGAACCACGGUGCCGGUACCAAGGUCAACGCAACUUCACAGAAAGCGAAGCGUACAAAGGCGCCGGGAAUUCGUGUUGUUGGGAGCAGAAUCUACGACUCUGCAAAUGGCAUAACUUGCCAUCAGUGCCGGCAAAAGACAAGGGACUUUGCUGCUAUGUGCAAGAAUUUGAGAAAGGGAAAGCCUUGUGUCAUCAAAUUUUGCCACAAGUGCCUCUUAAACAGAUAUGGAGAGAAGGCAGAAGAUGUGAUGCAACAAGAAGAAUGGAUCUGUCCCAAGUGCAAGGGUUCUUGCAAUUGCAGUCUCUGCAGGAAAAAGCGUGGCGAACAACCCACCGGCCAGAUGGUGAAGGUGGCCAAGGCAUCUGGCUAUAAUUCUGUAUCUGAUAUGCUUAGAGUGAAUACUCCUGAAACUUUGGAAGUCCUCAAGCUCAAAACUAAUGUUUCUCCUAAAAAGAAUUCUGCUUUGAAAAAGGAUGCUGUGAUUAAUGGGGUACUUGUAAGCAAUGUUGUUACUAAUACAAAGGCAAUUGCAUCAGACAAGGAGCUUGUAAUUGAUAUAUCAGGUGAACCUGAAAAGGAAAAUUCAUUGGAUGGAAACAAAGCUUCAAAGCUCAACUCUCUCAAAGCUCAGAAGACAUCACCUGAGAAGUCUAGGAAGAUGAAGCGUGAAGGAUUAAAGGAAAUAUCUAAUGGCAAAACCAUUGAUGAUGCUGGCAAAAAAAGGAGCUCAAAAAGGCUUAAAGUCUGUCAUGAAGCUAACGGUGGCAUCAAGGGUUUCAAUGAUGUGUCUGCAAAGGAAAUCAAAGUAAAUGCGAAUAAAGGCAUCAUUCAUGACAAAAAAGAUGUGAAAGAGAAAAAACAUGAAUCUAAAAAGGAAAUGAAGGUAGAUAUCAAUCACAGCUUAAGUUGUGGAGAGAAGAAUUGCCCUGAGGUGAGGGGUGCACAUGAUUUCUUCCCUCCUAGCACUUUGGCUUCAAAUAAUGUGUCCUUCAAUCAUAAUCAACCUAAAGCAAAAGAAGAUAUGCAUGCAAAAGUCUUGAAAGGAGCUGCAGUGACUGCCUAUGAUCAUAAUGCUGUCAAUUCCCAAGCUGAAGGGAUAGCAAAGACUCCAAAGGAUGGAGCAUAUCCUUUCAACAAGAAGAUAGAAAAGAUUCAGGUUGAAGUUCUUUUGCCAGCUGGUGACGAGUUAAAGGAUAUAUCAGACGUUGAGUUCCAACCUGAAGAUGUUGGCAAUGCCUUGCAGUUUUUAGAGUUUUGUCGAUCAUUUCGAAAGGUCCUUGAUGUCAAGAAAGGAGAAGCUGAAGCAAUAUUACGAGAAUUAGUGCGAAAGCAAAAUCUGCGGCGGACACAGAACACCUUGGUUGUUCAGUUCCAUAUUAGAUUGCUGACUCUGAUACUUGUUGAUUCAGGAGUCAAUUCUCCGCCCUUAACUACUGCCAGUGGAAAUAAUUCAUGGUUGAAAGCUCUGGAGGAUUUAAUCUCUGAAUCCAAACUUGCGCUUGAAGGGUUUCCAUUGGAUUGCUUCAAGGAAGGAAUUGGUGGAUAUCAUGAAUUAGAUUUAUCCAAAAAGCUCAGUUUAUUGAAUUUUCUGUGUGAUGAAGCUUUAUGCACAGAGAAACUGAGGAGUUAUAUUGAUGAGCAAAAUGUAAGAUUUGCUGAAGAAAAGAAAGAAGCAAAAUCUAAGAUUGCUGCAGCUAAGGAAAAGGAAAAAGGACUAAAGCAGAAGUUACAAGAUAAGCUGGCUAAUGCUAUUGUGAAAGACGGUGCUCUCCUUUCAAUUGCUGAGCAUCAAGCUAUUAUGUCAAAGAUAAAAAGUCAAGCAGCUGAAGCUCAUGCUGAAGUGAUUGAGGCAAUGGGCCUAAUUCCGAAAGGCAAACAACAUUCUGAUGCAAUGAGAAUAGAGCCUGUGUUUUCAGAUGGUAAUCAGACAUUUUGGAAACUAGAAAGUUAUAAUGGUGACUAUGCUCUUUUGUUACAAGAUAUCAAAAUGGACAACGAAACUGGUGCGACAUCCGAUGAAAGAUGGUUUGUCUAUGGUCUCGAGAAGAAGGAUGAGAUUGAUAAGUACAUUACCUCAAGGAAGCUAAGAGGAUAACGAAGGUUUCUUCCGUAGCUGGGUCCGUAUUUUUGUAAUGAAUUGAGCGACUAAAAAUGUUUCAUUGUAAUUACAAUUUAAUAGAUUAAUUUGAGGUAGGGUUAGUGUCUAUAGGACCAUAACCCUUGUGGCCUUAUCUAUGUAUUCUGUAGGGAUCACUGGGGCAAAUGCAGAUACACUUUAUUGGAAAGUGAAUUGUCUCCAACAAUCAACAUUUUAAAAUAGUUGAAUCUAGUUCGUGGUGUUUUC